AUGCCGGAUAUUAUGCAUGCAGUAAGUCUUAUUAGUAGAUACAUGAAAAAUCGAAGGGAGAUAUAUCUUCUAACUACCAAAAGGAUUCUUCGAUACUUGCAGGGAACCAUUGAAUAUGGAUUGUUCUACAAGAAUGAUGAAAAAUCAAAUUUAUUUGGUUUUACUGAUAAUGACCAUGCAGACAAUCUUGAUGAUAGAAAGAGCACAAUUUGGCUGAAAGCAUCAGCAUAUGCAAUCGUAAACCGUAAAAAUCUCGUGGGCAUCGAUUGCCAGAAUCUCAUCUCAUCAGAUCCUCAUGCACUUGUGCCUAUCUUUGAGUACAAGGUAUACGGAACCAGCCAGCUUCCUGACUUCUCUGGUCUUCCAUCUCCUCGACCUUUUACCACUCAUGUUCCAUAUUCACUGUUGCCAGAAUCCAUCGAGAGCAGCAAGUGUCGAGUUGUCUAUAUUUGCCAUAAUCCAGGAGAUAAUUUUGUCUCCUUGUGGCGAAUGCAAGAAAAAUUAGGCCUAAAUUGCUUGAAGACGCAUUUGACAUGUAUUGCAAAGGAGUCAUGGCAUGUGGUCCAUACUGGAAGCAUGUGCUGGGAUACCGGAAACAAAGCUUAG